AUGACACCCUACAGCUCCAUCUCAGCACCCACAAGCACCGACUACGUUUUCGAGACCAGUCGACAAAACAAUGUUGCCGUAUACUACGGUCAGACGCCCAACACCAAGACCGGUGACCUAAUGGAACUCUGCCAAAACAGCAACGUCGACAUCGUAGUCCUAGCCUUCGUCACAUCAUUUUUCACCAACGAAGGUUUCCCAUCAGCCAACUUCGGCCCUGCUUGCCAAGGCAGCACCACCGCUCAGCAACUCCAUGCUCCCGGAUUGCAAGACUGCACCGACCUUGCUCCAGAAAUCGUAAGCUGCCAACAACUAGGCAAACCUGCAUUGGUAUCUCUAGGCGGCUACUACUCCAACGUAACUUUCACCUCCGAUACCGAAGCAAUUCAGCUAGCUCAAAAUCUGUGGGACCUGUUUGGGGCAGGAAACGGGUUGGACGCCUCGUUACGUCCCUUCGGAUCUAUCGUUAUUGAUGGCUUUGAUCUCGACAACGAAUCCAAAGAUCCCACCUCGUACACCACAUUCGCUCACGCCCUACGCACACUCUUCGCCUCCGACCCCAGCAAGAAAUACUAUCUCUCGUCUGCGCCCCAAUGCCCUCGCCCUGACGCUUCCAUCCCUAUCUCAACAAUGGCACUCUGCGAUUUCGUCUUUGUCCAAUUCUACAACAAUCCCUCUUGCGAUCUUGACUCUGCUGGCUUUGCGUCCUCGUUUGCAGAGUGGAGUGACGAUUUGUUGGCUGCUAAUAAUGAGACUAAGGUCUUUAUUGGUGCUGGAGCUUCAGAGUCAGCUGGAAGUGGCUAUGUGGAGGGUGCUGGCUUGAGACAUCAGGUUAGUCUUGCCAGAGAGCUUUAUACGACUAAUCUUGGAGGUGUGAUGUUGUGGGAUGGAGUUCAGGGGAUGGCUAAUGUGGAUGAAUAUGGAGUUGAUUAUUUGGUCUAUGCCAAGGGGAGUUUGGAGUAA